GUUGUUCUGGGAGGAGUCCCACAUACCUGGCAACACCGAAGGGCGCUUUGUUAACACUUCAUUGAGCCAAGAUGGCAGAUUUCGAUGAGCUCAGCGAUGAAGAGAAGGUCCGUAUUGCGGCCAAUUUUGUGAUGCACGCUCCUCCUGGCGAGUUCAACGAAGUGUUCAAUGACGUGCGAAUACUGCUCAACAAUGAUAACCUUCUCAGAGAGGGCGCGGCUCACGCCUUUGCCCAGUACAACAUGGAUCAGUUCACCCUUGCCAAAAUUGAAGGAUAUGAAGAUCAGGUCCUGAUAACGGAGCAUGGAGACUUGGGUAAUGGCCGCUUCUUUGACCCCCACAACAAGAUUUCCUUCAAGUUUGACCACCUGAGGAAGGAAGCCAGCGACCCCCAGCCGCAUGAGAGCGAGUCGGCCCUCAGGUCAUGGAGAGACGCCUGCGAUUCUGCCCUCAGGGCCUACGUCAAGGAGCACUACCCCACUGGAGUUUGCACCGUUUAUGGGAAAACAAUCGAUGGCCAGCAGACCAUUAUCGCUUGUAUCGAGGGCCAUCAAUUUGAGCCUAAAAACUUCUGGAACGGUCGCUGCCGGUCCGAAUGGAGGUUCAGUGUCUCGCAAUCUACAGCACAGGUUGUUGGAGUCUUGAAAAUACAGGUACAUUAUUAUGAGGAUGGAAAUGUGCAGCUUGUCAGCCAUAAAGAUGUACAGGAAGCACUGACCGUGUCUAAUGAGAGCCAGACUGCAAAGGAACUUGUGAAAAUUAUUGAGGAUGCAGAGAAUGAAUACCAGGUGGCCAUCAGUGAGAACUAUCAGACCAUGUCCGACACCACCUUCAAAGCCUUACGCAGACAGCUCCCAGUCACCCGCACCAAGAUUGACUGGAACAAGAUCCUCAGCUACAAGAUUGGCAAGGAGAUGCAGAAUGCUUAGAGGACAGACACUGUUUAGGUGGCGACAAACAAAAGUGAGGAGAAGCUGAUGCUCGUGCAAACAUGUGUGACGCACCGUAACAUACUGUAUGUCCUGCUAAAAGAGACAUUUGUUUGGGGUAUUUACAGAGAAGGACAGCUCCCGUUAUGCACUACGAGGAGGUGCCUUCAUUUUACAACAACAUGGAGUGUAACUGGCGCUCAUUUGCAAACAUAUUAUUUUUCAACAAAUAAGCCUUUAGUGACACUGUGAAAGCUUGGGUCAUUCCAUGCUGUUCGAAUUCUUAGUCUCAUGUUAAACAAAGACAGUUUGUGAUGCCUCAGUGCUUCAUAAUGGACUCGCGUCCUCCCAAAACCCCUCAACUUUCAUGUAGCAAUUAAUUGACCCCCCCUAUAUAACAAAACUGAUGUUCUUUUAGAGCUUCCAAUACCUCGUAUAGUUUUUUAUUAACAGAAGGCAAAUACUGUAUGCAAUUUGAUUUAUUAAUGGAGACACUUAACAUUACCAAAUUAUUAACUUUAGUCUGAUGUGUUUACAUGUAUGCAUCCCUCUGGAUGCAGGGUUGUAGCCAAAUCAUAAACGUUUUUCUUUGCCCAUUUCCCUACUAUAUUCCCUCUUCUUUCACUCAUCCUAGUUUUUGAAAUAAAUGUUUGGUUGUAAUCCCUUAAUAUCCCCCUGGAAUGAUAAAGGAAUUGGUGUCCUCCAGCCAGCGGUUUGCCUUUAGCUUUUGCUAUAUUUUUUUAUACAAUCUGUAAGUACAUUUAUUAUUCAUGAAAUAAAAGUAUGAUCUUCAAGCAAUGUUGAUCAUUUGUGUGUUA